CCUAGGCUCCUUGCCAUUUGGGGAUUUUGGAAAUGGUGUCUGAGCCUAUGAGAGUGUUUGAAACCCAGCCAGUUGCAAAGAACUGAAAUGCUGUCUUUCGUUACUCCACACUCUGUCCCAUAGUUUUUCUCCUUUUGGUCCAGCUCCUUUAUGUCCCUGCAUUCUGUGUUUACUUGCCCAAGAUAGCUUCUUCGGAGCCAUUUCUGUGUGGGGCAGCCCCUUCCACAUCUUACCAGUGCCCUUCCAUGCCUUAGGAGCCCAUCUUCUCUCCAGAUCUUGACACUACAUUGGUCUAGGCCGUGAUCUCUCUCACCCAGAUUCUCAACCAUUCUGCCUGCUAUCUUAAUCAUCCCACUGGCCAGAACUGACCGCGUCACCUUCCCCUUUGAAACUCUUUAUGGUUCUCAUGGCCCACAGGGAAGAGUCUAAGUGCCACAGCAUCAUACCUGAUGCCUCUGCAGCUUUGUUUUCCCUCCAUCCUUCCUGUGUUUGUGUGUUCUGGCCACACUAACUGCUGUAUAAAGUCUUUCCUGACCGUUCCUAUGCCCUCACUCAGAGUGCACAGAGUUCUGUAGUAACCCAGGCCUGAGUAUUAACUGGCCUCAAAGGGUCCUUGAUGGCUUGUACCCCUCCCCCAGGCAGAAGAGCCUCAUGCUCAUCCUUGGUCCUGCAUACGUCAGCGUUUAUGGAACGAGAGAUGAACACAGGGCCCUCCUCCUCAUGGACAUGCUUUGCUCAGCCCCAGUGCAGAGAGCCCACGGCCAUCCAGUGCCUACAAUGGGGACCUCAAUGGGCUUCUGGUCCCAGACCCGCUCUGCUCAGGUGAUGGUACCUCAACAAACAAGACUGGUCUUCGGACCAUGCCACCCAUUAACCUGCAAGAGAAGCAGGUCAUCUGUCUCUCAGGAGAUGAUAGCUCCACCUGCAUUGGGAUUUUGGCCAAGGAGGUGGAGAUUGUGGCCAGCAGUGACUCUAGCAUUUCAAGCAAGGCCCGGGGAAGCAACAAGGUGAAAAUUCAGCCUGUCGCCAAGUAUGACUGGGAGCAGAAGUACUACUAUGGCAACCUGAUUGCUGUGUCUAACUCCUUCUUGGCCUAUGCCAUUCGGGCUGCCAACAAUGGCUCCGCCAUGGUGCGGGUGAUCAGUGUCAGCACUUCGGAGCGGACCUUGCUCAAGGGCUUCACAGGCAGUGUGGCUGAUCUGGCUUUUGCACACCUCAACUCUCCACAGCUGGCCUGCCUGGAUGAGGCAGGCAACCUGUUCGUGUGGCGCUUGGCUCUGGUUAAUGGCAAAAUUCAAGAAGAGAUCUUGGUCCAUAUCCGGCAGCCAGAGGGCACGCCACUGAACCACUUUCGCAGGAUCAUCUGGUGCCCCUUCAUCCCUGAGGAGAGCGAGGACUGCUGUGAGGAGAGCAGCCCGACGGUGGCCCUGCUGCAUGAAGACCGGGCUGAGGUGUGGGACCUGGACAUGCUCCGCUCCAGCCACAGCACUUGGCCUGUGGAUGUCAGCCAGAUCAAGCAGGGCUUCAUUGUGGUAAAAGGUCAUAGCACGUGCCUCAGUGAAGGAGCCCUCUCCCCUGAUGGGACUGUGCUGGCUACUGCGAGCCAUGAUGGCUAUGUCAAGUUCUGGCAGAUCUACAUUGAGGGGCAAGAUGAGCCAAGGUGUCUGCACGAGUGGAAGCCUCAUGAUGGGCGGCCCCUCUCCUGCCUCCUGUUCUGUGACAACCAUAAGAAACAAGACCCUGAUGUCCCUUUCUGGAGGUUCCUUAUUACUGGUGCUGACCAGAACCGAGAGCUAAAGAUGUGGUGUACGGUGUCCUGGACCUGCCUGCAGACUAUUCGCUUCUCCCCAGAUAUCUUCAGCUCAGUGAGUGUGCCCCCUAGCCUCAAGGUUUGCUUGGACCUCUCAGCAGAAUACCUGAUUCUCAGCGAUGUGCAACGGAAGGUCCUCUAUGUGAUGGAGCUGCUGCAGAACCAGGAGGAGGGCCAUGCCUGCUUCAGCUCCAUCUCGGAGUUCCUGCUCACCCACCCUGUGCUGAGCUUCGGUAUCCAGGUUGUGAGUCGCUGCCGGCUACGGCACACUGAGGUGCUGCCUGCCGAGGAGGAAAAUGACAGCCUGGGUGCUGAUGGUACCCAUGGAGCUGGUGCCAUGGAGUCUGCAGCUGGUGUGCUCAUCAAGCUCUUUUGUGUGCAUACUAAGGCACUGCAAGAUGUGCAGAUCCGCUUCCAGCCACAGCUGAACCCUGAUGUGGUGGCCCCACUCCCCACCCACACUGCCCACGAGGACUUUACAUUUGGAGAGUCUCGGCCCGAACUGGGCUCCGAGGGCCUGGGGUCAGCCGCUCACGGCUCCCAGCCUGACCUCCGACGAAUCGUGGAGCUGCCUGCACCUGCCAACUUCCUCAGUCUGAGCAGUGAGACCAAGCCCAAGUUGAUGACACCUGACGCCUUCAUGACACCUAGCGCCUCCUUGCAGCAGAUCACUGCCUCUCCCAGCAGCAGCAGCAGUGGUAGCAGCAGCAGCAGCAGCAGCAGCAGCAGCUCCCUUACAGCUGUGUCUGCCAUGAGCAGCACCUCAGCUGUGGACCCCUCCUUGACUAGGCCACCUGAGGAGCUGACUUUGAGCCCCAAGCUGCAGCUGGAUGGCAGCCUGACAAUGAGCAGCAGCGGCAGCCUGCAGGCAAGCCCACGCGGCCUCCUGCCCGGCCUGCUCCCAGCCCCAGCCGACAAACUGACUCCCAAGGGGCCGGGCCAGGUGCCUACUGCCGCCUCUGCACUGUCCCUGGAGCUGCAGGAAGUGGAGCCCCUGGGGCUACCCCAAGCCUCCCCUAGCCGCACCCGUUCCCCUGAUGUCAUCUCCUCAGCUUCCACUGCCCUGUCCCAGGACAUCCCUGAGAUUGCAUCUGAGGCCCUGUCCCGUGGUUUUGGCUCCUCUGCACCAGAGGGCCUUGAGCCAGACAGUAUGGCUUCAGCCGCCUCAGCACUGCACCUACUGUCCCCACGGCCCCGGCCAGGGCCCGAGCUCGGCCCCCAGCUUGGCCUUGAUGGAGGCCCUGGGGACGGAGAUCGGCAUAGUACCCCCUCCCUCCUGGAGGCAGCCUUGACCCAGGAGGCCUCGACUCCUGACAGUCAGGUUUGGCCCACAGCACCUGACAUUACUCGUGAGACCUGCAGCACCCUGGCAGAAAGCCCCAGGAAUGGCCUUCAGGAAAAGCACAAGAGCCUGGCCUUCCACCGACCACCAUAUCACCUGCUGCAGCAACGUGACAGUCAGGAUGCCAGUGCUGAGCAAAGUGACCAUGAUGAUGAGGUGGCCAGUCUUGCCUCUGCUUCAGGAGGCUUUGGCACCAAAGUUCCUGCUCCACGGCUGCCUGCCAAGGACUGGAAGACCAAGGGAUCCCCUCGAACCUCACCCAAGCUCAAAAGGAAAAGCAAGAAGGAUGAUGGGGAUGCAGCCAUGGGAUCCCGGCUCACAGAGCACCAGGUGCCAGAGCCCCCUGAGGACUGGCCAGCCCUAAUUUGGCAACAGCAGAGAGAGCUGGCAGAGCUGCGGCACAGCCAAGAAGAGCUGCUGCAGCGUCUGUGUACCCAACUCGAAGGCCUGCAGAGCACGGUUACAGGCCAUGUAGAACGUGCCCUUGAGACCCGGCACGAGCAGGAGCAGCGGCGGCUGGAGCGAGCACUGGCUGAGGGGCAGCAGCGGGGAGGGCAGCUGCAGGAGCAGCUGACACAACAGUUGUCCCAAGCACUGUCUUCAGCUGUAGCUGGGCGGCUAGAGCGCAGCAUAAGGGAUGAGAUCAAGAAGACAGUCCCUCCAUGUGUCUCAAGGAGUCUGGAGCCUAUGGCAGGCCAACUGAGCAACUCAGUGGCUACCAAGCUCACAGCUGUGGAGGGCAGCAUGAAAGAGAACAUCUCCAAGCUGCUCAAGUCCAAGAACUUGACUGAUGCCAUCGCCCGAGCAGCUGCAGACACAUUACAGGGGCCGAUGCAGGCAGCCUACCGGGAAGCCUUCCAGAGUGUGGUGCUGCCGGCCUUUGAGAAGAGCUGCCAGGCCAUGUUCCAGCAAAUCAAUGAUAGCUUCCGACUGGGGACACAGGAAUACUUGCAGCAGCUAGAAAGCCACAUGAAGAGCCGGAAGGCACGGGAACAGGAGGCCAGGGAGCCUGUGCUGGCCCAGCUGCGGGGCCUGGUCAGCACACUGCAGAGUGCCACUGAGCAGAUGGCAGCCACCGUGGCCAGCAGUGUUCGGGCUGAGGUGCAGCACCAGCUGCAUGUGGCUGUAGGCAGCCUUCAGGAGUCCAUUUUAGCACAGGUACAGCGCAUCGUUAAGGGUGAGGUGAGUGUGGCGCUCAAGGAGCAGCAGGCCGCCGUCACCUCCAGCAUCAUGCAGGCCAUGCGCUCAGCUGCUGGCACACCUGUCCCCUCUGCCCACCUUGACUGCCAGGCCCAGCAAGCCCAUAUCCUGCAGCUGCUGCAGCAGGGCCACCUCAAUCAGGCCUUCCAGCAGGCACUGACAGCUGCUGACCUGAACCUGGUGCUGUAUGUGUGUGAAACUGUAGACCCAGCCCAGGUUUUUGGGCAGCCACCCUGCCCACUCUCUCAGCCUGUGCUCCUUUCCCUCAUCCAGCAGCUGGCAUCUGACCUUGGCACUCGAACUGACCUCAAGCUCAGCUACCUGGAAGAGGCCGUGAUGCAUCUGGACCACAGUGACCCCAUCACUCGGGACCACAUGGGCUCCGUUAUGGCCCAGGUGCGCCAAAAGCUUUUUCAGUUCCUGCAGGCUGAGCCACACAACUCACUUGGCAAAGCAGCCCGGCGUCUCAGCCUCAUGCUGCAUGGUCUUGUGACCCCCAGCCUCCCUUAGCUGCUAAGCCUGCCUUGCCCAGGGGUGGGAUGGCACUGAAGGCCAUCAGACAGGCCUAGGCCGAGGCAGGGUCACGGCUGGCCUUUACCUGCUCAGGCCCCCAUCUCUGGGGUGUUUGGGGGUCAGGGAGCAGGGAGCACUGGCCGUGGUCUACAGGGUGUGGUAGUCAGAAGGUUUAGGCUGGGCCCAGGGCAGGUAUUGUGCCUGCUUGGGUUCUGCCAUGCCUGGAGCAUGACCCUGAGAUCGUGACACCACUUGAGUGGAAUUUUCCAUGUUCCUUUUUACCUCUAAUUUGGAUCUUUUUGUUUUUGAAAAAUGUUGAGAAAUUCAAUUAAAUGCUUUUGGAAUAAAAUGGA